CAUCAGUCAAAAAACAGCUAUUCCCGUGUAAUUUCACAUUAUUCUCAAACAUGGCAAAUAAAACGGCGGUCUGUUUGCUGGCCGAGGGUGCCGAGGAGAUGGAGGCAGUUGUCACCGUUGAUAUUUUGCGGCGAGCUGGGGUUGAUGUAACUGUAUCUAGUAUUACCGACGAAAAGUGCAUCAAAUGCAGUCGAGAUGUAAAAAUUUGCACUGACUCCGUAAUCGCCGAUGUCGCUAGUAAAAAGUUCGACGCUGUCGUUCUUCCUGGUGGAGUUGGUUGGAAAAACUUGGCUGCGGUAAGUUCCAAAGUUGGUGAAAUACUGAAGGCGCAAGAAUCGGAAGGUAGAGUUAUUGCUGCUAUAUGCGCUGCUCCCAGUGUUUUGAAGGCACACAACAUUGCUAAAGGAAAGAGAGUUACUUCUUAUCCGUCGGUGAAGAAGGAUCUUGAGAGCGAUUACAGUUUCGUAGAAGACGAAAUCGUUGUCACAGAUGGCAAUCUAAUCACAAGUAAGGGUCCAGCUACGGCAUAUGCUUUUGGUUUAGCGAUUGCAGAAAAGUUAGUCGGCAAAGAAACGGCCAAGAAAGUAGCAGAUGGUUUGCUGUACAAAGACUAUAAUUAAAGUUGGAAAAUAGAAAAACAUUUUUAUCUUAUCAAAAGUUAAUGCGUUACGUUUAUUUUCGUUUGCCAUGUAAGUACUUUUUGGAAGAAAAACCAUGUUGAAUGUAAUUUUUCAAUUUUAAAAAUAAAUAUCACACUUAAAAACUA